UUAUUAAUUUCCUAGUGAGAUUGUACACUUCGAUUUUUUUUAACAGUAUCGCAUGUUGAAUAGUAAAAUACUUUUGUAUCAUAUAACAUACUCAUCAAUAUUCCUUGAUGAUCAGCAGAGAUGAUGAAGAGUACUCUCAAAACUCCAUUCAGAGGCAUUGUCCAUGAUUUUAGAGGAAGAGCACCUUGCUACAAGCACGAUUGGCUUGCUGGACUUACAUCCGGAAUAUCGUAACUAUACUAUCCUUUUCAGAGGGAUAAUAUUGUUUUCAGAAAUUUUCUGAAAACAAUAUUGAACAUAUUCUUGUUUCUUUUUCUUAUCUAACUGAUGCUUCUUUUGAACAUAUAUCAGGAUAUUGGCUCCAACUACUUACAUAUUUUUUGCAUCUGCUCUUCCAGUGAUAGCCUUUGGAGAACAAUUGAGCAGAGAUACAGUUUUUUUUUUCUUUUUUUUUCUUUCAUAUUUCGACUUUAUUACAUUACUAGAAAAUUAAUGAAUACUAAUAUACUAUGGAUUUAUUUUGCAUCUAAAUUAGAUGGGAGCGUGAGCACUGUGGAAACUUUAGUUUCAACAGCUAUAUGUGGUAUAAUACACUCCAUAUUCGGUGGGCAGCCUCUUUUAAUAUUAGGAGUUGCAGAACCAACUAUUAUUAUGUACACUUAUAUGUACAAAUUUGCCAAAGGAAGAGAAGAUUUGGGACAGACCCUUUACUUGGCUUGGGCUGGAUGGGUUUGUGUGUGGACGGCACUUAUGUUGUUUCUUUUAGCAAUAUUUAAUGCCUGCAACAUUAUCAAUCGAUUUACAAGGAUAGCUGGGGAGACAUUUGGGAUGCUCAUUUCUGUGCUUUUUAUACAGGAGGCAAUUAAGGAAUUUUUAACUAAAAGUGCAAGUUCGGCAAAACAUACAUAUCGUAUGUUGUUCCUGUGCAUUAACUGCAAAUUUGAUGCUUAGCCCUGCUGAUCUGACAAUGAUCUCAACUUACAG